GCGUGGUCCCCGUUGCUCAAAUCAUAUCAUCAAAAUAUCGAAACCAAGGUCGAUGGCUGGCGAGGUACCCUGGACACGUUGCUCAUCUUCGUCGCUUUGUUUUCAGCGAUUGUGACUUCUUUUCUGGUGCAGUCCCUCAGCGGGCUGACCGAAGACGAUGGGCAACGCACCAAUGAACUUUUGGCUAACCUGACCGAAGUAGUCGUUGCCCUUGGCGCGGGCACGCCUGCUUCCCAACUCGACCUUCCUCGACCGGUCCAGUUCGUCCCGGACAGAGGUGCAGUCCGACUGAACGUUUACUGGUCUAUCUCGCUCAUCUUCAGCGUGCGUUUCAUGGUCAAUAUGGGGGAAACAGCUCAUGAAUUGAUCUUUAUCUUGUCUAUAGAUUUCUGUAGCCUCGCUCGCUGUUACAAGUAG